AUGUCUCUGAAGGACCAAUACACGGUCACAAAUGUGUGGAUUUCGGCCGUGACUCCGGACAACAUCUCCCGAAUGAGUCUUCUCUCUUGGGUCAAUGAUUGUCUUCAAUCUCAGCUCAACAAGAUUGAAGAAAUGUCAACGGGAGCUGCUUACUGCCAGCUGACUGAUCGUCUCUUUCCGGGAUCAGUGCCUUUGAAGAAGGUCAAAUGGAAUAGUAGGAAUGAGGUGGACUGGAUUAACAACUGGAGGAUUCUUCAGAAGACAUGGACUGAAAUUGGCAUUGACAAGGUAGAUUUUUGUUUCAUAUUUUUGUUUUAGGAGUUAUCAAGGCUGUGGGAAGUUAAAGGGUGGAGUUUUUUUUUUAAAUUUGAAUGUUUUAAUUAUUUGUUUUUAAGCCUGUCAAUGUGCAAACUCUGAUGAGAGCCAAGUUCCAAGAUAACUUUGAGUUCGCUCAGUGGUUUAAGAAAUUCUACGAUGCGAAUGAUAGUCAGUACGAAUAUGAUCCAUUGGCUGCGAGAGGGGGAGAGGUAAGUGAUCUUUCAAACGUUUAACUUAACUAAAUAAAAGUACCUACUUUAUUUUAGGUACUAUAAAUUAAAUGUUUUUAUUGCUUUGGCAUUUUUUUGUUUUUAGAACAGAUUAAUUUUAAAUUUCAUACAUUUUAAAGAAGUUGUUUCUUUUAGCAAUUCCCAGUCAACAGUCGUCCUGGAGCCCGAGCUCCACCUAGUAGAGCUGCAGCACCACCAGUCAGGAGAGCUCCAGUUGCAUCACAACCGGUACCAAGGCCAGCUAGUAAACCAGCAACUGCUGCCGCAGCUAGACGUAAUUUAACUAAUGUUUUGCUUUUAAAAGUUGUUAAAAAUAGGUACAAGAAGAUUUUAACGUCUGUCAACGAUUUUUAAUCUACUUUUUAUCUAAUAUUUUUGAAUUCUUAAAUUUUUUUGAAGUUGAUGGGUUUUAUUGAUGCCUAGGUUAUUAAUCAGUACUAUAAUUUUAGCUAAAAGUUUAUAUUUUGUAGCUGCCACCACUUCAGCUAGGACUACGAGAACACCAGUUUCUGGUGGAGUUGACGCCAAAGCAAAGUCUGCCUAUGAGACUGAAAUAAGUGAACUUAAGAAUCAGGUAGGUUAAUAUAUAUUAAGUACUGGUCAGUUCAUACUUUAUUAAUUGGAUUAAUAUUUUCUAAAUAGUAGGUCAGUUAAAAUUUCUAUUUCGUUAGAUCUGACAAAUAUAAUUUAGGUAUUACUUGUUGUAUCUUACCAAUUUUUAAAUUUUAGUUGGAAGUGUACGAAAAGGAAGUGACUGACUUAUCAGGAGAACGAGAUUUCUACUACAAUCGCUUAAGAGAGGUCGAAGAAUUGUGUCAACAAAUUGGAGAGGCUAACAACGUUGAAGUCUCUAGGAUUCUUAACAUAUUGUACACGAAGGUAAGCACCGGAUGUGUGUAUCUUGAAUACUGUGAAUUACUUCGCGUUUGUGUACGGUUUGAUCUUUUGAUUCAGUUGGUAACACAUUACGUAAAGCUUUAUAAGGCAUUUGGUUUUGUGAAACUGACUAAGAAUUGUUGUUUCUCUCGAUCAUAAAGUAGUUUAGUAGAUGUAAAUUAAGUGGUUGUGUGUCUUAAUUUGUAUAUAAGUGUAUUAUGUUUACUUUUAGGAUGAUGGAGAAGUCAGCGGAGGCGAAUUUGAACAAGUAGAGCAUGAGAUUGUGGACCAAAAUGGCAGCCAAUCUAAUGUCACAGAGACUUUGGACCGUUCGGAGAGUGCUCAAGCUUUGAACGAUACUCACGAGAUCAAUGGUACUCAUGUAAGUUGUGGAUAACAUUUCCUUAUUAACAUAGCUUUUUAUUAUGAUUAUUGUUAGCACUUUGAUUAGUAUAAUUGUUAUAAGCUAUUCUUCUUGUAACUUAAGUUGUAACAUAACUUUGAACUAAAUUUUUGUAGGAGGGACCUCCUCAAGAGCAGCCAAACGAGACAGUUGGAGAAUUCGAAAGCGCUGUCGGUGUAGAAGACCUCCACCUCGAUGACUCUCCAACCAAAGCGGCCGACACACCGAGAGAAAAAGUUAAACCAGAAGCCGAAACGGCGGUCAAAGCCAAUGGCGACAUCGCACAACCAGAAGAGUUCUGA